AUGAUUAUUGAAGGUUUGAUCCAAGCAAUGAUUAAUAGAAAUGGAUGUCAGCCAUCUCAUUUGAUGUUUGCAGAUGACAUUUUUAUAUUUUGCAAUGGGCACAAGAAAACAUUAGAUAAUUUGAUGGGAUUAUUAAUGAAAUAUCAGACUGCUUCUGGACAAACAGUUAACAGAGCAAAGAGAAAAUGCUUUGUUGGUGGAGUUACUGAAGAAAGAAGACUGAUAAUUGCAGAAAUAUUACAAAUCAAACUCUCAGAAUUCCCUGACAAAUAUUUAGGUACAAUUCUGUGUCAUGGGAGAGUAAAAACUACACAAGUAUGGGGGAUUGUGGAAAUGCUACAAAAGCAGCUAGCAGGAUGGAUUGGUAAAUUACUUGCAUUUUCUGACAGACUAAUUCUAGUUAAACAUGUGCUUUGUAGUAUACCAAUAUACAACAUGGCUGUCUAUAAAUGGCCCAAAUCUGUGAUUAAAGAAUGUGAAAGGAUAAUCAGAAAUUUCUUAUGGACUGGUGAUCCAUCUGUGAAGAAAAUGAUAACUGUUAAAUGGGAAGAAGUAAAUGCACCAUUUGCUGAGGGUGGUCUUGGGAUCAGAAGAUUAGAGGUAGUUAACAAGGAACUUCUUUUGAAAUUUCUCUGGAAAAUUGAAACUGAAGAUGAGGAAUGGACCAUAUUUGUGAAGGCAAAAUACAAAAACAAAGAUGGAGAAUGGACUACUGGCUAUAAGAAAUCUUUCAUAUGGCCUGGACUCAAGUGGGUGAUAAGUGAGCUCAAUGAAGGAAGUAGAUGA